CUUGGCUGUUCAACACGAGCCAUCCAACCGUGCUGAAACUAUGCCGUUAUCGUCUCUCUCCUCCCACCUCAUCCUCCGCCACCACCCGCCGCGCUCGCUCCCGCCAACUUCAAACCGCCCGCCGCCACACCUCCGCCUCCUCCUCGCUCCGUUCACACGCCGCCGCGCCUUCGUCUGCCAGCCGCUCGCCGCGGCCACAGACGACAUGGCUGCUGCGGCGGCCGCGGCGGCGUCGCCCCCCACGCUGCUCGAGCACAUGGGCCAGGCCGGCGCGGCCGCUGACCUCACCGUCCUCGUGGCACACAUCCAGAGCGCGUGCAAGCGCAUCGCUGCCCUCGUGGCGUCCCCCGGCAACGCCGAGCUGUCGCGGGCCAAGGCGGCGGGGGGCGGGGCUGUGGCGGCCGGCCGCGACGCACCUAAGCCGCUCGACGAAUUGUCGAAUGAUAUCAUCUUGUCAUCGGUCAAAAGUUCUGGAAAGGUUGCAGUGCUUGCAUCCGAAGAAAACGAUCAGCCCAUUUGGAUAUCCGAUGACGGUCCAUAUGUUGUUGUUACCGAUCCGCUUGAUGGUUCUCGUAACAUUGAGGUCUCCAUACCUACGGGAACAAUAUUUGGGAUAUAUAAUAGGCUGGUGGAGCUCGACCAUCUGCCUUUGGAGGAGAGGGCUCAGCUCAAUUCGCUGCAAAGUGGAACUCGCCUUGUCGCUGCUGGGUAUGUCCUUUACUCAUCUGCCACCAUCUUGUGCAUCAGCUUCGGUGCAGGUAUUCAUGCCUUUACAUUGGAUUGGUCAACUGGAGAAUUCAUUCUUACACAUCCGUCACUCCAAAUACCGCCUAGAGGACAAAUAUAUUCCGUGAAUGAUGCACGGUAUUUUGAUUGGCCUGAGGGCCUAAGGAAGUACAUUGACACAAUCAGACAAGGCAAAGGACAGCACCCGAAGAAGUACUCAGCACGCUACGUUUGCUCACUGGUUGCUGAUUUCCACCGGACGCUCAUAUAUGGUGGAGUAGCUAUGAACCCAAGGGAUCAUCUGCGGUUGGUUUAUGAGGCGAAUCCUCUCAGUUUCCUUGCUGAGCAGGCUGGUGGUAGAGGGUCAGAUGGCAAGAACAGAAUCCUCUCGAUUCAGCCUGUGAAGCUGCACCAGAGGUUGCCAUUGUUCUUGGGGAGCAUGGAGGACAUGCUUGAGUUGGAAAGCUAUGGGGAUGUCCAACAGAAGGUUAAUCCUGGAUAUGAAGUUUAGCCAUAUGUGAAAUUAUUCACAUUUUCAGGUGUUGUAGCAAUACAAUGAGGUAAAGCACAUGUGGUAAUCCUGUCUUUACAUGACCGAUAUUAAUUUCUCUCCCUCUCCCUGUGCCAAAACUCAUUGUACUUCUCUGUGAAUGCAAGUAUUAUGAUUUUUUUUAGGUAGAUUCCAUGUAGCAUCAUUGUAGUAGCAGUGUCUUCAUGCUUUGCAAAUGCUGAAUAUAUUUGAAAUAAGCUGCGGCAAUGCUGCACA